UUACCAUACUGUUUGUUUCAGGAAUAUGUAGUAUGGAUCUCAAGGCGCAAUUUGCAAUAGAAAUAAACACUGAAGUUGAGAAGCGCCGACAGGUGCUGCUGAAACUUGUUGAUCAGUCUUGUGCUUGUUAUCAGAAAAAAUAUGAAAACUUAUGUGAUGAUAUUUCGAAGGAGAAAGAUGGGAACGAUAUAGAUUUUCUGCGUGAUGUCGCUAGUAAAGUUGCACCCAUUUCCGAAAAGAAAGUUGCCUCGCAAUUGAGAAAUGCGAUGCGUUUGGAGACGGAGUUUCGCGACAUAAACCAGGAAAACGAGAAUGAAAUUGAACCAGUCAUUAAAACUGAAUACUCACAGACUGGGUCUAACGGGUUGCAUGGAGACCAGCUUUCGAUACCUCGAGAUCGAGAAUAUCAAAAUACUUAUCAUGCUGCUGGGGCUAGACCAAAAGUCAGAAAAGUGAAAAAUAUCAAUGAACAUGGAUUAGCAGUGGCUGCAGUUCAUUCGCAGGUGACUAAUGCCUAUACUACUAAUACUGCAGCAGGACGUGCUAGAAAUAGCCUGAGCCAGGAAGUUGAACUUGGUACUUUAUCACCAACCGACAUAUCAGCGAACGAUAUUCAAAUUGCAGUCGCCGGAAACGAGUGCGUUGAUAUUCACGAUUCCUCUACUCUGGUAAAAAUUUCGACAAUUCCACUGAGCAAAAAAGCAGAGCUUAUCAAAAUGGUGUCUCGAAGUUGCUUCGUAAUUGGACGAUGGCAUGACGAAAUGUUUCAAUUCUACUUCGAAAUUGUGUUGCUGAAUGUUGAUCCGACUACUCUACAGCCGACAGAGCAGCAAAUUGUAAGGGUUCCAGGAGUUGCAUGUGUAGCCGUUAUUUCUGAGCCAGGAAUGCGGCAUGAAGUCGAGUUCUACAUCAUUCAGGCAAAUGGUGUAAUUAUGAAGAGUUUCAAAGGAAAUCCAAAUUUACCCGCAAAGAUAGGCCAUUGUUUCUCGGCAGACGUCUAUGACGCGGAUGCAGUUAGGAAAGGAAGAGACGACACUUUCGUCACUGCUUGUUUUGAGCACAAAUCUUUCAUUGAGAUCGUCUUGGUCAACAACAACAAUCCACAUUCCGCAUCUAUUUUCCAACAAAUAAUGAUCGAAAAACCAAAACGAGUCCUGAUGAUGGACGAGCUGACACUUCUGGUUGGCUCAUAUACCAAUCGUGGCUAUCUUACUGUUUUGACGAGAAGUGAACACUCGAAGUUCGUAGCUAUCAAUUGUGUAGAUACGUUCAGUUGUUGUCCGAAACUGGACAACAUCUGGGGAAUGGGACUGACUGGCGACUGUGUCGCCAUAUUGCACAAGAAAAGGGGUAAAAACAGCGGGAAGUUAGCCCUGAUCAAACUUAAUGAGAUAAUGACUGAAACGAUGAAAAAUGAAGAUAUUGAAUAGUGAACAUUGAGUUCGCUUUCUAUUUUUGUAUAUCUUUAAUUUUGUAGAUUACUCGUUUAAUAAUUAGAAUACAUUCCAAGACAAGUUAUGAAUUAUAAUAUUAUACUUCACAAAACAAGUUGAGGUCAUAUGGAUGUUAAGAUGGAUGUCUCAG